GUGUUUGGUGUUGUGUGGUCUGAAGACUCAAGAUGAAAGUGACAGCUGUUCUCUUGUUAGUGACCUUUGGUGCGGUCCUAGCGGAUCCUGUCCCAGAGAAGCCCGCGCAGGUCUCAUCAAUAGCUGCGCCUGAGUUGAAAACGCAAGACGUCUUCAGAGCCAAGCGAUCCUACGACCGAUGGCUGGAUAUUAUUGCACAGUUUGGUCGUCGUGGCGCUGACGGCACUCCGUGGCAGCCCAUCUCCGUCGACUUACCAGUCACGGACAAAGAUGGCAAGUCUUCGUCACUGCCAGUGCUGGUGCUGCCUAUUCCUGUACCUGUGCCGGACCCGAAAUUGAAUCAAGAAUGUGAAGCUAACAAACGCAGAGGCGAAACUGAUAGAUACCGUGAAGACAGGUAUAGAGAGGAGAAUAGAUACCGCCAAGACAAAGACAGAUACACUAGCGACAGAAACAAACACCGCGGAGAUUCUGACAGAUACCGCGGGGAUACUGACAGAUACCGUGGGGAUUCCGAUAGAUACCGCGGGGAUUCUGAUAGAUACCGCGGGGAUAGUGACAGAUUCCGCGGGGAUAGUGACAGAUACCGCGGGGAUGGUGAGAGAUACCGCGUCGAUACUGACAGAUACCGUGAAGACAGAAACAGAUAUCGCGGUGAAAGUGACAAAUAUCGAGGAGAUACAGGAAGAUACGGCGUCAAUGAAUUCAUCAGCAGGACUAGGGGUGGCUACGCCGCGGAGGAAAGAUAUGAGCAACGAAGCAGCGUAUCAACAGACUACCUGAUCGAGCUAUUCAGAGCACAACAACCAACAGCGCCAGAACUGCCUCCAGCGCUAAUAGACUACGCUCCAGAGAUCACAGAACCUCGGGCGCUUCACCAGGGCUCAGGGUCUUCAUCAGACCAGCGCAAAUACCUCCCGCCAGCGCGUGAAGCGCUCCCUUCACCUCCGAAGUUUGACAAGUCCAUCAAGCUGCAAGGUUUCCUGACUGUGCCACGUGCUGAUUAUACUGAGCCUUACACUGCUUGGUAUGACGCGACAAGCGGCGCAGCUCGCGUGGAGUACCACGAGGGUGGAGCGAUGAGCGUCCGCACCGUCUCAUCUGAUGGACGGGUCAAGAGAUCUGUGAUGCACACGGACCGAACUACUGAGCAAGACAUCCGAGUCUGUGGUGUGACGUCACCAGCGCGCAUGAAGGCGGAGGACCGCGCGCCGCCCGGACUGCCCGACACUGAGGGAUUUGAGUUCGCUGGAUACAGAGAGGAGUUCGGUGGUCGCGUGGAAGUAUGGCGCAAGGAGGUGUCAGGUCGCGCGGGGGAGCUGGGCGCGGCGCGGGGGGAGUCACUCACCUUCAGACACGAACUAUUCGUCAGCAGGAAGAGUGAAGAGUUCAGCGUACCACUCAAGUACAAAGUAGCAAUCGACAGCUCAGUCCUGGGCAAGGAUUCUGACGGCUACGAGCAUAUCUACUCCCAGGUGCAGGAGGAGACUCACAGGCCCGGCACCUUCGACUUCCCAGAGAGGGACUGUGAUAAGAAGGAGGAGUUGGACGCAAACAAUGUGGUGCACAUGGCGCGGCUGGAGCCACUGAGAGAGUUCACGCUGCCGCAUCGAGACGAGCACCAUGACGUAGAGUUUGAUAACUUCGUUAAAGAGUUCGAGCGUAAUUACGACGACAAAGAAGCAGCCCUGCGCAAGACCUUGCUGAUAGAGUCUUCCCGUUUCAUAGCCUCGUGCAACCGUCAGAGCGCCACCUUCGAGUUGGGAGUCAACUUCUUGACUGACAGACUUGAUGCGGAAAUCGAGGUUCUGCUGGGUGCGUUCUUUGACGAUGGGUCAGAUAAGGGUGGGCUGACCUUUCCUGUCGGUGAAGGUCGACUGAGGUCUGCGGAGGAGAAGCUGCCGAAGGAGUUCGAUUGGAGGCCGCGCGGUGGCGUCACCCCUGUUAAAUUCCAGGGUAUAACCUGUCAGUCGUGCUGGGCGUUCGCGGUCAUCGGCUCCGUGGAGGGAGCGCUCUUCAUCAAGACCAGCAAACUGCUGGAGCUGUCAGAACAGUGCCUCGUCGACUGCGCGCACUCUCACGGAGCCCACGGGUGUAACGGCACUUGGCCCAGCCAUGCGUUCAACUACAUCAAGGACAAGGGAAUACCGGCGCGUGACGAGUACACUGCCUACAAGGGAGAGGUGCUGAAAUGCAGGGAGAAGGAAAUCCCACCAGUGACACACAUCAGCGGCUUCGUGGACGUUCCGCCCAACAGUAUCAACGCUCUCAAGGUAUCGAUCCGGCGAUUCGCCCCCACCGUGGUGGUCGUGGACGCUAAGCCUAAGUCCUUCUACUUGUACAAGAAAGGUGUCCUACAAGACGACCGCUGCGUGAAGGGCCCAAAGAAGCGAUUGAACCACGCCGUGCUGGCGGUUGGUUGGGGCGAACUUCGCAACGCGCCGCACUUCAUUCUAAAGAACCAGUGGACCGCCAACUGGGGGGACGGGGGGUACAUUAAAGUACACGCCCCUAGCAACACUUGCGGGCACCUGACGACGCCAAACUUCGCGCGCCUGCGCAAAGCUGACAUCGAUCGUCUGCCCGGCGGCGGCGAAUCCCGCGCCGCUCCCGUUGACGACGAUUACGAAGAUGAAGAUGAGCGGUAGUUCUUAGUUCUAGAAGUCAUGUGAGUCAACUUG